CUCAAAAGUUAGGUGCGAUAUCAAAAGUAUGGAUGAAGAAAGAGGCAAUAAUGAUAGUGCAACCAGCCCAGUGGACCCUUUCUCACUAAAUCGCGAACGAUCGACUAGCGACCCUUGUAUCAGAAAAGGGCUUCUAGUUAGUAACGGAAGAAACAUGGAGAAAAGACCGAGCGAAAGGAACGGUCUUGUGUCGGCGACGAUUGCAAGAGACGCUGUACACGGUACUCCACCACCAGUUAGAAAGAAUAAAUUCGCUUCUAGUUUCGGCAAACUCUUUCGACCGUGGAAAUGGAGAAAGAGAAAGAAGAGUGAACGAUUCAUAGCGACAUCACAAAAUCUGGAGAGACAAUUGUCAGUAAGAGCCAAGCGUGAAGAAUUAGUAGAAAAAGGAAUAAUUCCAAAUAACAACUUUGAAGGGGAAGAAGACACUAGAGUUCAUGCCAAUGGGACAAUAGUAGAGGAAGAAUCAGCAGUUCGAGAGGCACCAGCUGUUGCUCCUAAACCUUUAAGAGAUACAAAUAAAAGAGGAAUUCUGAAAAAUUCACCAUUACCAAAAAGGUGUCAUGAAGAGAAAGUUGAACAAGAGCUUAUGGUAAAGCAAGUAGAUCAAGGUAGUAUGAUGGACCAGCUGGCAAGAGAAUUCGCCAAACGAGGAAUGAGUGAUAGCAAACCAAGCACAAUUAAUACUGCUACUGAUCGAAAUAAAGGGAUGUUGACUUUCCAAAAUGUAAAACACAAUACAGGUGAUGAAGACAGUGACUCUGAUGCAGAACAAAACCGCCAUGAGCCAAGAAUAAAAUGUGGCAUACGACUACCAACACCUCGAAAGAGCAAACUACCUAAAUCAGAAACCCAAGCACCAGCAAGUGACUCUGAUGAAGAGGAAGAGGAAGAAGGCGUUGUUACAGGACUUGCAUCAAAGCUCAAAAGGUCUGACAGUCUAGCCAUUAAGUUAAAAGCCAGACCUACCAAGAAAGAUCUAGAGGACAAGAACAUUUUACCAACUAAAACAGAGGAAGAAAUUCAUGAGAGAAGAGCUGCUGUUGGAUCUCAACUAGUCAGACGUUUAAGCACACGACCGACAGCUCAAGAAUUAAGAGAAAGAAAUAUCUUGAGAACUGGAACAGAGGAAGAAGCUAAAGAAGCAAUAGAAGAAAAGAAGCGAGUAUUGACUAGAAAGUUAAGUCGGAGACCGACAAUUCAAGAACUGAAAGCCAAGAAAAUUAUCAAAUUUAGUGAAUAUGUGGACUGUUUAGAGUGCCACGAUUAUGACCGAAGGGCCGACAAACCGUGGACAAGACUUACACCAGAAGAUAAGGCUGCUAUUCGCAAAGAACUAAAUGAAUUCAAAAGUACAGAGAUGGAAGUACACGAAGAAAGUCGUCAAUAUACGAGAUUCCAUCGUCCCUAGUUUUUAUAAAUUUCGGUUUUAGGGUAAUGGGGACAAAAAUGUUUAUUUUUGAUGGUAGAAGAUAAGAAUUAUAUUAUAAUUAUUCCUCAAUACAUAUCAAAUUGUAUGUAAAAAAAUGGACCCAAUCGAAAUAUUGUAAAUAGUUUAUUGUACAGGAUUUUUUCUAAGCCAGAAUGCACACAUGUACAAACUUCUCUCGUUGGUAAAUAGAAAGAAAUAUUUUCUGUUUAAUAACGAAAUGAUAACCGUCUUUCGUUAUGUGAUCAGUUUGACAUUAAGACGAGGCUCGGAGGGAUAAUAAUGAGUAAUACCUUCGAGCCUCGUUUUGACACCUACGAAGGCAUAUAGAGAAAGGGGUCAUUAGCACGAAGUAUUUAGCUUAGUAAUGGCAAACUUAUCUUAAUUGUAGAUGUUUUUGAAGUGGUUCAAAUAUCGAAAUGUAGAAUUUUUAGAUGACCUAUUAGGGAGGUCUUUUGUACCACAUGACCAUUUUUGAGUGAAGCGAUUGGCCAAAAAAAUCACUUGGUACAUUACCAGGCACUUUAAAAGAAAUUUGUGCUUGUGGAUAAGUUUCUCAACACAUGACAAAAAGCUGUACGAAUCACUUUUCAUUGAUCCGAUAAUUUGGAUCACAAACGAUGUAAGAAUGUGAUAGUCGAAAGUGUUGAAGCGAUGGCUUGCGUUCAUUGGUGACAGAGGUUUGCUUUCGCGACAACGUUUUGUGAAGUCAACUAUCGUAAACUCGAUUACAAUGCUUUGAAACCUCGAGAUGAGGGUUAUUCGGUGACGAAGUAAUUUCUGUUGUUUUAGCUAAACAUGUUUAUUUCUAGUUGUUUUAUUCAUGUUUUUAUCAUUCCAUCGCAGUUUUUAUCACUCGUCAGACGUGUUUUAUGAAUUAAUGAUCAUAGACAGAUGGAUUUUAAAGCAAUUUAUAUUUUCCUGUGUAGGCCGUUAGCUUUAUUUAAAGCCAAUUGACAAGGACCGCAUUUGAGUAGUCAUUUUCAAUAUGAGAAAUGAUAUUUUUGUUUCAUGAAGUAUUUCAAUUGAAUAUGCCUUUUUUCAUAAGCAAAAUGCAUUUUUUUUUACUAUUCUUAAAUGUACACGUCAACUGGCUUUAAAAGUUUUUAAAUCGCUUGGAUAUCAAUCGAUUCAUCAUGUGUUUAAGUUGUUGAGCAUUAUCAUAAAAAUAAUGUGACUAUAAAUAAGUAGUCAUCCGUUCUUCCAAAUAAGGAUGAAUAAUUAAUUAGAAGACGUGAACAACGUCUGAUUUAUGCGCCUGAAUUCAAUGCGCAUGUCAAUAAUUUCUUGCUCCCAGUCUUCAUUCCAUGAGAAAAUUGCUGGGAACUGAGAAAUAGAAUCUUUCUUACGGUUGUCCAAGAGAGUGUUAAUUUAUAGUUUAUUUGUAUAUGAAAUUUGUACCAUGCGACUACAUGUAUUUAAGAUGAUAUUAAAGUUGGAAUUACAUCAAAAGC